AUGCAUUUGAGUAGCAUUUGCUCUUUCCUUUUGGCCUUUAUUAAUUGUUUCUUUUUCAAAGUGUUUUGCUUAGAAUCUGAGUUCAGCCUGAAGGGAGAUUACUUAUUGGGUGGCCUUUUUGCUUUACAUGAAGUUCAACAUGCAGAACCUUUUUCCACUCCAGAAGCCAUUGAAUGUUUCAGAUACACUUUCUCAAAAUCUGGCUAUCAGAUGUUGCAAGUGAUGAGGUUUGCUGUUGAGGAGAUUAAUAACUCCACAAAUCUUCUUCCCAAUGUUUCUCUGGGAUAUGAGAUUUUUGACCACUGUUCUGACACGAAAAAUUUCCCUUCAAUCUUCAAUUUUAUCUCAAAAAAUGGCUCAAUAAAACCUAAAGAAAAGCUCAACAACUAUCAGCCUAAAUUGAUUGCUUUAACAGGGCCAUAUGGAAGCACAAGAACUAUUACUAUUGCACCACUGAUCACAAUGGAUCUUAUACCAUUGGUGAAUUAUGGAGCUUCUAGUUAUACAUUAAGCAAUAAACUUCAGUAUCCUUCCUUUGUAAGAACAAUCCCUAGCAACAAAAACCUUAUAGAGAUGAUUAUUCACAUCAUACGGUGGUUUGGAUGGAACUGGGUUGCCUUUCUUGGUAGCCAAGAUGAUUACAGCGAAGAUGGUCUAAGAAUAUUUAACAAGUAUAUAAGCAAUACUGGCAUUUGUUUGGCCUAUCAAGAGGCUUUAGGCCAACAGGCAAACUACAGUCAAACACUUAAAAAGAUUGAUAUGCUCAAGAUCAAUGUCAUUGUUGUUUUCGCUGUGCCACCAUAUGCAAGAAAAAUUAUCAAAGCAGCCAUAGCAAAUGACAUCCGAGACAAAGUGUGGAUUGCGAGUGAAACUUGGGCUAUGAAUCAACAGCUUCCAACAGAGCCGGGAAUUGGGAAAAUUGGAACAGUAAUUGGCAUUACGGAGAGAUUGUUGUCAUUACCAGGAUUUGAUAAAUUCAUCUAUAAAGACAGGAGAAAAAUUAAUGGAUAUAGCACUGAGAGUAAUGUCCAGAGUAAGAAUAAGACAUGCAAUCAAGUUCGUGAUUACUGCCCACUGUUGACCGCCGAGGAGAUUAUAAACGAGAAUCCCUCAUUCUCCUUCGCCAUCUAUGCUGCCAUAUAUACCAUAGCUCAUGCAUUACAUAAGGUUCUGGAAUGUGACAUGAAUGAAUGCCACAAAAACAUAACAGUUAAGCCAUACAUGCUUCUGGAACAAAUGAAAAAGUUGGACUUCCCACUUAAUGGCCAUCAGGUGAAAUAUGAUGACAAUGGUGAUCCAACUGUCAGUUUUUCAGUCGUACUUUGGAAUACUGAAACAAAUCCUCCACGGUUUGAUAUGGUGGGCACAUAUGAAACAUAUCCAGAAAUUACUUUUAAUAUCAACAACACUCUCUUGCACUGGCAUAACAAUGGUUCUGUUCCAUUCUCAAACUGCUCCGUUGAGUGCAAAGAGGGAUUUUCGAGGGAACCUAAUCGAUAUCAUAGUUGCUGUUUUCUGUGCAAAAAAUGUCCACGUAACAGCUAUGUGAAUUAUUCCUGGAACCCCUAUACCUGUUCUCCAUGUUUAGAGAGCGAAUGGUCUGAUGAGGGCAGCACGGCAUGUAAGACACGUACUGUUGUCUAUCUUGAGUUCACAGAAAUCCACUCCAUCACUGUCAUGUUUUCUGCCACAUGCCUAAUUAUUCUCCUUAUUGCCAUAUUUUGCCUUUUUGCCUACAACUUCAACACACCAGUGGUAAAGUCUGCUGGUGGCAGCAUGUGUUUCCUAAUGUUGACUUGUUUGAUAAUGUCUACAAUAAGUGUCUUCUUUUUCUUUGGAAAUCCCACAUCUGUACAUUGCCUCCUGAGAAAUGUUGUAUUUGCAUUUUUCUUCACUGUUUUUCUCUCCUGUAUGGCUGUCCGUUCCUUUCAAAUUGUUUGUAUCUUCAAAAUGGCUGCCAAGUUCCCUAACAUGCACAGCCUUUGGGUAAAGCACAACGGACAGUGGCUCUUUGUUGGAUUUUUUUCUAUCAUUCAUUUAAUUUCUUGUGUACUAUGGAUGACUGUCUCAACUCCCAUACCCUCCAGGGACUCUUUAACUUUUAAAGACCAGAUUAUACUCAGCUGUGAAAUGGGGAACACUGUAACUUUAAGCGUAGUUGUGUUUAUAGGUUGGUUUCUUGGAUUCCUGUGUCUCUUAUUUUCUUACAUGGGAAGAGAUCUGCCAAAAAAUUACAAUGAGGCGAAAUCAAUAACUUUCAGUCUCAUUUUGUACAAUGUGAGCUGGAUUGUUUAUUUCACAGCAUACCUUAUUCUCAAAAGCAAAUACGUCCAGCUUGUUAAUGCGAUGACACAGCUGUCUAGUAUAUAUGGAAUUCUCUUCAGUUAUUUCAUACCAAAAUGUUACGUUAUAAUAUUCCAACCUCAAAAGAACACUGCUGCAUACUUCCAAACAUCGAUUCAGAAUUACACCCAAACCAUUAGUAGGAUUUAG